CCGUACUGCGCAUGCUCCACACCUCAGCAGCCGUUAGCAUCGCGGGCUAACAGCCGGAGCGUGUAAUGGCGGCCUCGGUGUUACUGGGGUCUGCGGAAAGCACCGGACUCAACUUCACGGUCGGAGCCGGUGGGAAUGCCCUACUGGGGAACUCUAACGGACUGGGUCAGGCAGGUCCGGCGUCCUGGAACCGUUCCCUAGACCGGGCGCUGGAAGAAGCCUCGGUUAGCGGCUGUCUGAACCUCAGCGGCAGGAAGCUGAAGGAGUUUCCCAGGAGCGCUGCCAACCACGACCUGACCGACACCGUCCGGGCCGAUCUGUCCCGGAACCGCCUGUCGGAGCUUCCUCUGGAGGUCUGCCUCUUUGUGUCUGUGGAAUAUCUAAACCUGUACCAGAACUGUCUGAGGUCCCUGCCGGACGGCCUUGUAAACCUGCAGGCUCUGACCCACCUGAACCUCAGCCGGAACCAGCUGUCUGUCCUCCCAGCUGUCGUCUGCAGCCUCCCUCUGAAGGUUCUGAUUGCCUCCAACAACAAAUUGGUUUCUCUGCCAGACGAACUGGGCCAGCUGAGACACCUCACUGAGCUGGAUGUAAGCUGUAACGAGAUCCGGACAUUACCGUCCCAAAUGGGUCAACUGGAAGCUCUGAGAGACCUGAACAUCAGGAGGAACCACCUGGUCCAACUACCUCCAGAGCUUGCUGAGCUUCCUCUGGUUCGCCUUGACUUCUCCUGCAACAAAGUGACUUCCAUCCCCGUCUGUUACCGCGGCCUGGCCCAGCUGCAGGCCAUCGUCCUUGACAACAACCCACUACAGAGCCCACCUGCACAGAUCUGCAUCAAAGGAAAGGUCCACAUCUUCAAGUUUCUGAACCUGGAAGCCAGCAAGACCACGCCGGAGCUGCCGGAGUACGACAGAAGACCCCUGACCUCCUGCGUUGAUGAGACGUAUCCGGGGCGACUGUAUGGAGCGCUCGACUCGGGCUUCAACAGCGUCGACAGCGGAGACAAGCGGUGGCUGGGCAACGAGGCUUCAGAGGAGCUGUCAGAGCUGCCAUUUAGAGACCACCGACGAGCAGGACCAGGAGGACCUGUGCUUCCCAACGGGACAUAUGGGGAACUAGAGCAGAUAGACUUCAUAGACAGCUGUGUAGAGGAGGAGGAGGAUGGAAAGAGUCGUGCAGGAGGAGACAGGAGCAGCCUCAGCUCUCAGUUCAUGGCGUACAUCGAGAGACGCAUCACUAGAGAGGGUUCUCCAGUAAAGAACAGCUUGGUCCGGGCUGAAGACAUGAAGAGACACAGCAGGAACAUGGUCGAUGGUGUCACAGCGUCUCCUAGCUCCCAUAGUCAGAGAGGAGCUCCUGGUUCUGGUUCUGGAGGUGUGGAGAGGAUGAGGAGGGAAGCUCAGCUCGCUGCUCUGAGGUACGACGAAGAGAGGCAGAAGAAUCGUUCUCUGCAGAGAGACGGUGUCACCACCUACGCCAAGUAUAAAGCUGCUCAGAGUCCAUCAAAGUCCAGUCCAGAACCCGAGAAUGUCUACCCCUCCAGACGCUCCACCCACACAGAUGACUCUGCCCUCAUUAUGCAGGGGGAGGACAGAUCCUCACUGUCUCCUACAGCAAAUCAGUCGCCUUCGUACCCCAACUCAGGGGGCGGGGCCUCCAGUCGUACAGCCAGUAUGCGGCCUGAGAGCUUCCUAUACCGCCUCGGUCAGAGGGAUGAGAAAAGAAAAGGAGACGCUGUUGUUGCGCCUCCUCAGACCAAGGAGGAGACUCCGGCAGCUCAUCCUUUGGUGGGAGAAGAUGCAUUCCUUGUGGAACAGCUCAGGAAGAACAUCGAAGCCCGACUGAAGGUGACGCUGCCAUGCGACCUGGGAUCAGCUCUGACAGACGGCGUGGUGCUGUGCCAUCUUGCCAAUCACGUGAGACCGCGCUCUGUCUCCAGCAUCCACGUCCCUUCCCCUGCUGUGCCUAAACUCACCAUGGCCAAGUGUCGCCGCAAUGUGGAGAACUUCCUGGAGGCGUGUCGCAGGAUUGGGGUCCCACAGAGUAAGUUGUGUCUUCCUCUUCACAUCCUGGAAGAGCGAGGGCUCCCCCAGGUGGCUGGAACAGUCAGUGCACUGCUGGACCUGGCUCCACCCCGACAGUCCGUCUCCUCGACAACAACUCCACCUGGACCAUCUGUCAUCAUUUAGCCACCGUUGCCGCAGCUGCACGUGCUCAGUCAGCCUCCUGUAACAACCAGUCAGAAGUCGCCAUGUUCCAACAACCGGACUGUAAAUACUUGGUGUUAUCAAACGUAAAAGGUUCACCUGGACAGUUUGAACCUGUUCAGAGUCUCGGACGCGGAAGCUGUGUGAUGUAUGGAAGCCCAUCAAUGCCAGGAAGGGAAAAUCAUGAGCUACAAUAAAAAACAUCGAUAAUGUUUGGUUGAACUGAACGAGCCAGAUCAACACUAAUAUCUUUCUAAUGAGUUUCAGUGUGAACAGCAGGUUUUACUGCUAGAACUGGAGGAAAAACACUUAAAACAGGUUGUUUUUUAAACUCUAAAAAGUUUACUUAUUUGUUGGGAAAAAUCCAACUUAAGCAGAGAGUUUUUGACCUUUUGUUCUUGUGGAACAUCUGACUUUUUUAUUUUUUGUAGGCAUAGAUUUUAUAAACUGAGUGAAAAUUUUAUUUUAAAAAUUUUCUCUCAAGCCUUUAAAUUAAUUUAAACUACAAACAAAUUGAACUGCAAAAAUAAAAUGAAAAGCUGUUUAAAUUUAGGUUGAAAAGUUGCAUUUUACACUAAUUUACCAUAGUUUGAUUUUAGUUUAUUCCAUGCAGGUUAUUUUAGUUUUUUGCUGAAAUGGGCUUCCAUACAGUUUUCAUACAGACUUCUGGAGGUGGGCAUUUGUGUAUGGAUGUUGUGAGCAUUCUCACUGAUCCCAGUUCACAGGGGUCAAACAGACGCUGUCCUCCUGGUGCCGGACUGGUAACAUGUUGAAAGUACCUCGCGGAUCUGAUGGAGACACAGAGCUUAGCACAAACUGAGAACAAACCCACAGGUGAACUUACACUAAAUUAGAGCAGUUGAAUGUGUCCUCUUAAACACAACGUGUCCUGAGACAGAGAGCAAGUCCUCAUAAACAGAACAAGUUCUUUUAAACCGAACGAGUCCUCGUAAACAUAACAUAAACAGAAGGAGUUCUCUUAAACAGAACGAGUUCUCUUAAACACACCGAGUCAUCUUAAACAGACCGAGUCCUCAUAAACACAACGUGUCCUGAGACAGAGAGCAAGUCCUCAUAAACAGAACGAGUCCUCAUAAACAGAACGAGUCCUCAUAAACAGAACGAGUCCACAUUAACAGAACGAGUUCUUUUAAACCGAACGCGUCCUCGUAAACAGAACGAGUCCUCUUAAACAGAACGAGUCCUCUUAAACAGAACGAGUUCUCUUAAACAGAACGAGUUCUUUUAAACCGAACGAGUCCUCAUAAACAGAACGAGUUCUUUUAAACCAAACGAGUCCUCAUAAACAGAACGAGUUCUUUUAAACCGAACGAGUCCUCGUAAACAGAACAUAAACAGAAUGAGUCCUCUUAAACAGAACGAGUCCUCUUAAACACAACGUGUCCUUAAACAGAGAGCAAGUCUUCAUAAACAGAACGAGUCCUCUUAAACAGAACGAGUCAUCUUAAACAGACCGAGUCCUCUUAAACACAACGUGUCCUGAGACAGAGAGCAAGUCCUCAUAAACAGAACGAGUCCUCAUAAACAGAACGAGUCCUCAUAAACAGAACGAGUCCUCAUAAACAGAACGAGUCCUCAUAAACAGAACGAGUUCUUUUAAACCGAACGCGUCAUCGUAAACAGAACGAGUCCUCUUAAACAGAACGAGUCCUCUUAAACAGAACGAGUUCUCUUAAACAGAACGAGUUCUUUUAAACCGAACGAGUCCUCAUAAACAGAACGAGUUCUUUUAAACCAAACGAGUCCUCAUAAACAGAACGAGUUCUUUUAAACCGAACGAGUCCUCGUAAACAGAACAUAAACAGAAUGAGUCCUCUUAAACAGAACGAGUCCUCUUAAACAGACCGAGUCCUCUUAAACACAACGUGUCCUUAGACAGAGAGCAAGUCUUCAUAAACAGAACGAGUCCUCUUAAACAGAACGAGUCAUCUUAAACAGACCGAGUCCUCUUAAACACAACGUGUCCUGAGACAGAGAGCAAGUCCUCAUAAACAGAACGAGUCCUCAUAAACAGAACGAGUCCUCAUAAACAGAACGAGUCCUCAUAAACAGAACGAGUCCUCAUAAACAGAACGAGUUCUCGUAAACAGAACGAGUCCUCUUAAACAGAACGAGUCCUCUUAAACAGAACGAGUCCUCUUAAACAGAACGAGUUCUCUUAAACAGAACGAGUCAUCUUAAACAGACCGAGUCCUCUUAAACACAACGUGUCCUGAGACAGAGAGCAAGUCCUCAUAAACAGAACGAGUUCUUUUAAACCGAACGAGUCCUCAUAAACAGAACGAGUCCUCAUAAACAGAACGAGUUCUUUUAAACCGAACGCGUCCUCGUAAACAGAACGAAUUCUCUUAAACAGACCGAGUCCUCUUAAACACAACGUGUCCUGAGACAGAGAGCAAGUCCUCAUAAACAGAACGAGUUCUUUUAAACCAAACGAGUCCUCAUAAACAGAACGAGUUCUUUUAAACCGAACGCGUCCUCUUAAACAGAACGAGUUCUUUUAAACAGAAUAAGUCCUGAGACCGUUGAGUAAAGCUUCAGACUUUGCGGGUUUUUGCACAUUUUAUUGUUUGGAAUUAUUAAAACCACGUUUAUUUCCUACAAAAAAAUGCUUUUUGUAUCUAUAGGACGUUAAAAUGACCUUGUGUGAUUAAAGAAAAUCUAUUAUAUAGAAAAUAAUUACGUAGAUUACACCCAUUGACUCGAGUUAAAUAUAUUUGUUUUUAUAUUUUGUCCAAUUUCAUCCACAAAUAUCUGUAGACACCAUUAUUUCCUUCGUAAUUUUACAUAAAACUGCUAAAAUUGUAUUACUGUCACUGAUUCAGUUUGAAAGCACUUGAAUAAGUUAACUUGAACUGAUAACUUCAAUAAAUUAGAAAUAAAUAAAAUGAAAGAUUCAAAAACUAAAGUUGUUUAUAAAACUGACAUUACAGUAACCCGUAAGCUGGAUGAUUUACCACAGAAGGUUGUAGCUAACGGUUAGAAGGGAUAUAUAAAGCUGAUCGGUAACUACCGCUCAGAUUUUAAAGGAUUUUUAGGGCACUAGUGGCCUUUAUUCAUUAGUAGCUUUACAGGAAACAGGGCAGACAUGCAGGGGAAGACAUGCAGCAAAUGGCCCAGAGCCGGAAAUCGAACCCGGGACAACUGAGUUGAGGACUGUAGCCUCUACACUGCUGACUAAACUUGUUUUAAAAGAAUAUUUAAGUUAUAUUACCUAAAUCACAAUAAUAUUAAUUACUGCUGAGAUAAACCAGUAUUUUUAAAUCUGUUAACUUUGCUACUAGCAUACUUCCUUAGCUUCAGCUAACAUUUGCAGAGAUUUUGUUCAAUUGUGAGGAUAAAAGGGUUUAGAUGAGGCCAACAUUUGUAAACCAAAAACUUGAAUAGACAUUUUCCAUGUCGUUAAGUGUGUUAUCUUAAACUGUUAGCAUGGCUUAACUAAAAGCUCACUGUAAAAUGCUAAUAGGUCUGUAAUAUAAGGAAAUAAAACAGUUUUUUAUGGUGAAGGCAAAAUAGGAAAACCAAAGUGUUCUAAAUUCCAGAAAUUACCUGUCAAGGUCAAUAGUUACAAGCUUAAGCUAAGACAAAAGAAAAUAAUGCUAGCCUUGUGCCAUCAAUCCUAAAAAAGACACUGAUAAUUGCCAUCUACAGAUUAUAAACAGUAUAUUUUAUUUACGUUUAAAGUGAUUCAGUUAUUUUAGUUUAGCAGUUAAAAUCCUAUCGUCACCACUAUACACUUCUUUCCCAUGUUUUGUGUAUUUUUGAUCUGAGAAUAUGAUUUUCACACUAGUUAAAUGGUUGGUGUCCUGGUUUUAGAGAAAACUAUUAAUGUAAAUAUGUCUGUGAUACGGAAAUAGCUGAAUACUCGCCUUUCCAGUAGGUGGCAGUAAAACAAGGGGAGGACAACCUAGCUGUAAACCCGGCAGUAGCUUUCUCUGAUAAAGAAAGCAAGCAGAAGAAGUAUAGUCAAAACAGUGCAAGGAUUUUUUCUGGAGAUAAACCAUGUUAUCCUGAUACUGUUAAGAAUGAGCUGACUGAGCAGCUAACUGCCUGGUCUAGAUUGGUAUGUUGUCAUGUAUGGUCAGUUUGGUUGUUAUGAGAUGAAACUAGUGUUUCGAUAGUAUUCAGACAAAUUAAUAUCCGGUGUCUUUAAACUUCAUUAUCAUUUUAAUUUAUAAUUUUUAUUGUUUUAUGCUAUUAUAAACAAACAUCAUGGUGUUGUCUGAAGCAGCUGUAUUUACAGCAUGCUUCUAAUAUCUGUCCUUUAUGACUGUAAAUCUGACAGGAAUGGACAGAGAGGGAUUAUUGCCUUUCAUUGUUUAUUGUAAUAAGAGUAAAUAAAGGGACCGUAAACAAAUUAAUUGGAUGAAGUAGCUGUUUGCCAGCGCAGUUUAGAGCACAGCACUGUUUUCCUCCUAAUGCAGCUUCAUGUUGUCCCUUCCUACUGAAUGUUUAUUCAGAGGAUUAAAGGACGAAUGUUUACAGCAUUGGUCUGAGUAUCAUUGAUCUGUCCUGCAUCUCUGAGCUAAAACUAGAAUCAACACUGGACCUGGGGGGGGGGGGGGGGGGUUGCUUCGGCAUUAGAGGACGUGACAGAUCCUCAAAGGUUCCUUCAUAAUCAGACUAUCAUUUAAUAUUCCAACCGAACUCAGCAACUCAAUCUGUCAAACAAACUGAAGCAAGCGAACAAACCAAAAGCACAUUGUUAUUGGAUGCUAAUUAUUAACAAAUAACAGGUCAUAGUCACACUGUGCUAGCAAAGUAAGUUUUUAUGUCUCACUUGUUCAUUUAUAAUCGUCUAUCUCAAAAAAACCCUUUAACAUUAGCCAAACUGUUAGCUGUUGGUAAAGUUCCAAAUUGUUCCUGGUUUUAAUGGAGGAGCGUGAAGGUUGGCAGAAACUUGCUCCGUUUCUGACGUCUCCAUCAGAUCCAAACACCUUUUUAAAGAACUUUGAUCUGCACUCUGGGGGCCAUUCAGCUGUUUGGGUUUCCUGUUCUGAUGGACUCAGCAGGUGGACUUCUCACCUGAGGCUGACGAUUGGACGAGCAGCAUCAGGCGAUCUCUGUUGCAUGCUGGGACUUUUUCACCCGGUUAAGGAACCGUAAGUGUUCAGAAACCUCCUGUAAGUAUAUAUACAUGUGUAGAUAUGUUGUGUAUAUGAAGCCGGAGCCUGUCUGUUGUCAUGACGACACAGCCGGUAAAAGGUCACUGUUGGUUUGCUGUAGCAGUUUGUCCUGCUCCGAGCCCACUACGUUUAUUUAUGCAGCUCGUUAAACGCAGGAUCACGAUGACAGGAAGCAGCUUUUCAAUUUAAACAUGUUUACUGAGGCCUCACGCUGUGUUCUGGUGCGGUGGGAGAUCACUAAACACUAACCUAAAAACACUUCUUAUAGUUUGUACAUGAACCCUCAUGUUUAUACCCUGUACACCCUGAGUUUAGACUGCCAGGCUGGACUUUCUUUAAGAGACUCACAUGGAUCUGAGUGUUUUUCCUCAUCAACCUGCUGCUUCCAGAUCUUCCACAGAAAUCCUCUCUGAAGCCUCGCAACCAGACACAUAUAUUCACACCAGCUUCAUUCAGGCUGAGAGAUGAUAGCUAUCUUGGUGCUUCCUGUGGUUCUGAAUGCAGUAAAACACUCGAAUUGAAGUUGAAAACUUAUUCUGCACUCGAGCUCCUGCUGCCGGCUAAUCUGCAGAAUUACAACUUCUCAGUCAGGUGGAGCCGGAAACUUUGAGAUGCAGGUUGUUUCUGCAUCUCAAAGCUCAGUUUUCAUGAUGUCUAGCAGCACACCAGAUCACCGGUGCCUGAUUUGACUCUAGAUCAGAUGGAGGCAGUGGAGGGUCACAGAGUUGAAUAUCGGAAAGCAAAGGAAAACCAUCUGUGGAAGUUUCAUCGGGUGUAAUGCUGAACUCAGGGCACAACAGCUGCUCCAUUCCUCAGAGGGCAGGUGAGCCUGUGUGACAGGUGUCUGGGUGGUGUUGGAGACAUUUCAUUCAAAGUUUCUGUCCUGCAGCUGUGACAGGUCAUGUGACACAGUCUCACUGGUUUUAAAGGACAUUCCACCAUUUUAAAAGACAAACAUGUUUUUACUUUUAUCUGUAUAAAAGAUGAAUCUGACUGUUUGAGUUACAUAAAAUAAAUAUUUUAAUGUGAA